AUGUUACCCACCCAUCCCAACACCCCCCCCCAACACACACACCAGAGUCCACCCCCUGUUCCUAGUCCACCCAAUCCCUACUGUACCCAUCCCCUGGUAACAUCAGGCAGGAUCUCAGUAGACCUGGCCCACCUCCUGCCCGAGGUGCGUUAUAACACCGGCAAGGUCAGGAGGAAUACCACCAAGGCCAGGAUACUGACGGCUCAGGAGAUGUCUGACGCCAUCGAGGAGGCGGAGGACCGUGCUGCAAGGCGGGACGCCCAAGCUCCGGCCAGAGAGCAGCGGCGGGCCGAAAACAACGGCCCGACAGCCACUUCCUCUACCCUGCCUGGUGGCUCCCGUCCCAGCCGCAGGAGAACAGCAUCCCCCGGGGCUGCCUCGGCCUCCAGCUCCAGCCUUUCCAUCGCCGGUCCCUCAACCCGCUCGGCCCCCUCUAGUGCCUCCCACGGUCACCGGCUGCCUGCCCCCAGCGGAACAUCCCCACCUGCCUGCCUGCUCCUGGCUGGCUACUGGAUGAGCCAUCAACAACUGCCUUCGGCCUCCGAGGGUCCAGAUUAUCUUCCUCUCCCUCCCAAUCCCGGACCCCUGUACUGCAGGAUUAAUUUAAGUGUCCCUGUCCUGGACCGUUUUCUUAAUGGCCAGGACACCAGACCUGAUUUCAGGCUGAGCAGGGAGGCCCUGGAAGUGCUGCUGGACCUUCUCCACCAGGAGCAGAGACAUGGAUGGGGUGCCACCAUUGAGACCCUGGUGAUUUUUGUUCUGGCUGGCUAG